AUGUAUUCUUUCUUUCUUUCUUUCUUUCUGGAUUCUUAUCACUUUCUGUCUUUCUUUCUUUCUUUCUUUCUUUCUUUCUUUCUUUCUUUCUUUCUUUCUUUUUCUGGUUUCUUUCUUUCUGGAUUCUUAUCACUUUCUUUCUUUCUUUCUUUCUUUCUUAUCACUUCUUUCUUUCUUUCUUUCUUUCUUUCUUUCUUUCUUAUCACUUCUUUCUUUCUUUCUGCCAGGGUUUCUUUCUUUCUGGAUUCUUAUCACUUUCUUUCUUUCUUUCUUUCUUUCUUUCUUUCUUUCUUUCUUUCUUUCUUUCUUUCUUUCUUUCUUUCUGGAUUCUUAUCACUUUCUUUCUUUCUUUCUUUCUUUUUCUUUCUUUCUUUCUUUCUUUCUUUCUUUCACUUUUCUUUCUUUUCUUUCUUUCUUUCUUUCUUUCUUUCUUUCUUGAUUCUUAUCACUUCUUUCUUUCUUUCUUUCUUUCUUUCUUUCUUUCUUUUUCUUUCUUUCUUGAUUCUUAUCACUUUCUUUCUUUCUUUCUUUCUUUCUUUCUUUCUUGAUUCUUAUCACUUUCUUUCUUUCUUUCUUUCUUUCUUUCUUUCUUUCUUUCUUUCUUUCUUUCUUUCUUUCUUUCUUUCUUUCUUUCUUUCUUCUCAUAAACAUUCCUCUUCUCCAAAUCACUACCUUAACUCUUUAUUUAUUUUGAUCUUUUCAUUUUGCUUUGUCAUCGUUCAAACCCCUAAAUCUCUUGGGAUAUGCAGCGAACUAUUAGCCACGUCAUCAAAACCGCCUUUCGUUCUGGAGAUCCCCCCCUCACCACUCUGUCAGGGAAACACUGCUCCGCCCAAGAUAUCCUUGAACAUAUAUUCCUUUGUGAGUGGACAAAACUAUAGUUAA